GUGAGAAAAGAAGGUUAAACCCAUAAAUCUGACUAAACGUGGUGUUGCACCUUCCACUUAUCCAGUCCCGAUUAACAUAUACAGUGCAAAUUAGACUGUACACUCCGGGCGUAAAUGACACUAAAUUACGUUAAUUAUAAAGCUUAAUGCGGAAAUUAGAAAAGGGUAAAAUCCGGACACUAAAACUGCAGAGAACCAUGUGGAAAGUGAUUUGAAAUCGGUUUCCGUCCUUUACCGGAAGCGGAAGUUCAUGGUAAUUCUGGUUCCGGUUGAGUGCAGGCUGUAUGCGGCGUUUUCAUUUUCUACAGAAGUGUAUGAAACUGAGGGCUUUCAUCGCUAAAGAUGCCUGCUGAAAGUCUGCGCUGGAGCACCCUGGAAGCCUUGAAGAACUCCCCCAAAGGGAGACUCAAGUACAGUCCUGACUGGCUUGAUAAGGGCGAGGACAUUCUGUCGGGGUGCAGCAUGCCCCCCAGCCUCCCUGCCAUCUCCGGCCUCAUUUUGACCAGACUCAGCCCCCAGUCCCUGCAGAAACCCUGCUCCCUGGGAUCCCCUCAGCAUGUCCGCAGCCCAGGCAUUUCUGCCGGUGCUCCCACCUCUGUCUCCUCCCCCACCAGCCCCAGGCUGUCGGCCGCAAGCCCUCUCUCCCCCCUCGCCCGCUUACUGCGACCUCCCUCCAACGCAGAGGAGGAAGAAGAGCGGGAGGCAAGCGAUGGCGAACCUGAGGUCAGCCCUGUUGCGAGUCCGACUCCUCCCCCAGCCAUCUCCCUGCUGUCUCCUCAGCUGACUCACAUGGCAGGAGGCAUCCGCAUCUGCGAGGAGCAGCACCGCGCCAAAGCCAAGGCCGAGCUGAGGCAGAGGCAAGAGCUCCAGGAGAAGCUGGUGGCAGCGGUGGCCAGUCGUGAGCUGGAGCAGCUUAAGCGAUAUGAGGAGUUAAUGGAGCUGAAACAGAGACAGGAGUACCAGAGCAUGCGGGACAUGAUGGAAAAGGAGGCCCAGGAAAGUAUUGGGCGCCAGGAGAAGCUGAAGGAGGAGCAGAGACACCGAACGAAGAUCCUUAACCUCCGCCUGCGCGAGGUGGAGCAGCAGCGCCUGCGGGAGGCGGAGCUCGAGCGCCAGCGGCUGGCCGAGGGCCGAGAGAGGUUGCGCGCUCUCAAUGCCGUCCAGGAGGAGGUGCUGCAGCUCAACCAGCUGCUGGAGACCUCCACGCCCGACCAGGCCAACCAUGUUCUAGACAUGACGUCCUACAGCACCCGCGCCAAUCAACUCUGCUCACAGGUGUCAGAGGUGGUGCGCACCACAGCGGAGGGCAACUUCCCCAGCGUGGAGGACAUGAUCGUGGCUGAGCGGGCUCUCCAGGACAUGAGGCUGCUGAUCCGGGCCAUGCAGGAGGAGGCCGCCCAGGCACGGGAGAGGAGGCGGCAGGAGGAAGAGGAGGAGGCCCGCAGGAAGCAGGCAGAGCUGCAGGCAAAGCAGGAGGAGCAGAAGAAGAGCGCGGAACGGUCUGCCAAGGAGAAGAUCAGGAAGCAAGGGCUGCAGACCAAGGCUGAGGACAGCACCCUCAAAUGGCACCAGCAGCUACAGGACUUCGCUGACAAGUGUGCACUGUCAUUUGACGAGCUGAACAACACAAAGGACCUUCAGACUAAAAAACUGAAGAUGGAGCUUCAGAAAGCUGCCACCAUCCCAGUCAGCCAGAUCUCCAGCAUCUCAGGUUCCAAGCUAAAGGAGAUCUUCGAUAAGAUAGACAAGCUGCUGUCUGGUCGGCCUGUUCAGUCGGGGGGCAAGUCCGUGUCGGCCUCCCACCAUCCCAGUGGCCUCGAUUUUGUCAGCUAUAAACUGGCAGAGAAGUUUGUAAAACAAGGCGAAGAGGAGGUCGCAUCACACCAUGAAGCUGCUUUCCCCAUCGCCGUCGUAGCAAUCGGGCUGUGGGAGCUGCACCCCAAGGUGGGGGACCUCAUCUUGGCCCACUUGCAUAGGAAGUGCCCAUACUCCGUGCCCCACUACCCCCCAAUGAAGGACGGCACUUCAGUAGAGGAGUACCAGAGGAUCCUGGGAUACCGUGUGGAGGACUCUGGAGUGGAGGUCCAGGACAGUUUCCUGAAGAGAAUGUCCGGAAUGAUCCGCCUGUAUGCGGCGGUUAUACAGCUGAGGUGGCCCCAUGGGAACAAGCAGGGGGAAAGUCCUCAUGGUCUGAACCAUGGUUGGCGCUGGCUGGCACAGAUGCUGAACAUGGAGCCGCUGGCGGAUGUCACCGCCACCCUGCUAUUCGACUUCCUUGAGGUGUGUGGUCAUGCCCUGAUGAAGCAGUACCAAGGCCAGUUCUGGAAACUCAUCUUCCUCAUCAAGGAUGACUACUUCCCCAGAAUCGAGGCAGUGACCAGCUCUGGCCAGAUGGGGUCUGUGAUGAGGCUCAAGCAGUUCCUCGAGAAUGCUUUGAGACGCCGGGAGAUUCCUCCAGCCAAAGGUCAGCUCAGCCCCUACUUCUGGAGGUCUUAAACAAGGAAACAAAUCUUAAGAAGGAUGCUGUCAUCUCUUCCGACCUCACGGCUUCACGCUCCGGCUUUGAGUCUCCUUCUACUUUGUGUAAUUAAAAAUGCACUAUAAGCUGGUGGGAUAUUGGGGUAUGUGUAUAUAAAUGGACUCUCUUCAUGACUCUUUAUAACGGAUCUGUUUUAAGCCUGUGUCACAUGACAUAUGCAUGACAUGAUAGUUUUUAAGCAAGCCUCUCAUUAUGUUUAGCGAAUAUGAUGAGGGUUUGUGUGUCCUCAUAUUCCCCUCAAGGUUUUAAUGUUUUUGUAUUAUUAUUUAUGCAGAAUUGUUAUUUGAGGAUGUGAAAACACGUUUGUGUGUGUUUGUGUAACCUGUGCUAGUGCAUAUGACCAAAGAUGACACUGGUUUUAUUCAGAUACGGUCAGCAGAUCACCGAGUAGCUUGAAUGACUUCUGCAUUUCUCACACUGGCGUCAUUAUUGUAUUUUAUUUCAACGUGAAGUAUGCUUCAAACUACUGUGGAAUUAUAAUGUCAGAUGUCUUAAGAUGAAUGCCGCUAUUGUUUACAGCAUCAUUUUGUAAAAUGAUAGACAUACACUCGUCUUAUGUUUAGUAUUAUGCAAUGCAGUUUUUUGUUUGAUAUUUUACAGGCUACCGUGUAGCCUAUAUAAAAGCGUAUUUCUUUUUACAAUGUAUUAUGAUUAAAUGUACAUACUACAGCAAA